CUACGGUUGAAUGCACUGCGCAGUGCGCCGGCUGUGGAGCGGAAUGCCUGCGAGGAAGGGAGUACUGCAUCCAAUUUUCGAACUUGCUAAGGGAAGCAAUCUAGUAAACUGUGCAGUACCUACCUUGGUGAUCUGGUUGAGCGGACCAUCGUUGUCUUUCGCCCUUCUGUGGUGAGGUGUCCCUGAGUCCGCCAUGGCGCUCAGUGCUGCGGCAACGGCUGCCCGGAUCUCCUCCGCCGCCUUUGCAUCUACGAGUGCCCAGGCGAGCUUGUUGGAUGGCAGCUCUUGCCCGGCCUCUCCGCUGCUUGGCUCCCGCCGGGGCCCUGUCUCCUCGCAAAUGUUCUUGGGCCAGAUCUGCCAGCUGAAGCGCAGUGGACAGGUUGGUCAGCUCAGCGGGCAGCGUCGCUCUGGUGGUGUGCGCGCCGCGGUGGCUCCCCUCACCCCCACCGCUGUGGAGGGCUUCACUCAGAUUGGGGAGCCCGUCCCGGACAACAUCUCCAUGUCCGAUGUCCUUAAAACGCUGCCUAAAGAAGUGUUUGAGAUCAAUGAGUGGAAGAGCUGGCGCGCGGUGGCCGUGACCAUCCCCGCGGUGGCCCUGGGGUAUGCCGCCCUGGCGGUGGCCCCCUGGUACCUGCUGCCGGCGGUCUACGCCUACAUCAGCGCUGCAGUCACGGGCCUCUUUGUCAUUGGCCACGAUGCAGGGCACAACACUUUCUCCAAGAACCAGCUUGUAAAUGACGUUGUGGGAACGCUGGUGUUUGCCCCCCUGGUCUAUCCCUUUGAGCCGUGGCGCAUCAAGCACAACACGCACCAUGCCCACACCAACAAGCUCAAGAUUGACACCGCGUGGCAGCCUUUCACUCCCGCUCAGUUUGACAAAGGUGGCCCUGUUGCGCGCUUCCUGAUGCGCGCUGCAAUGGGCCCUGCGUGGUGGCUAGCCAGCAUCGGCCAUCAGCUGAUCUGGCAUUACGAUGUGAGCAAGUAUCGCGCCGCGGAGCAGGGCAAGGUGAAGAUCAGCUUGGCUGCUGUGGCGGCCUUCACCGCCGGCGUGCUGGUCCCGCUGCUCGUCACGCAAGGGCCCAUUGCCUUUGUCAAGUGGUGGCUGAUGCCGUGGCUGGGCUUCCACUUCUGGAUGUCCACCUUCACGCUGGUGCACCACACAGCCCCGCACAUCCCGUUCAAGCACGCGCGCGAGUGGGACCAGGUCAAGGCGCAGCUGGGCGGGACGGUGCACUGCGAGUACCCGCGAUGGGUUGAGGUGCUGUGCCACGACAUCAGCGUGCACGUGCCGCACCACCUGUCCACCAAGAUCCCCCACUACAACCUGCGGAAGGCGUACGCUGCAAUUGAGGAGCACUGGGGCCAAUAUGUGAACAAGGCGCGCUUCGGGGUACCGCUCAUGAAGACGGUGGUGAGCCAGUGCAACCUGUUCGACCACGACAAGAAGGAGUGGGUCAAGUUCGACCCGUUGGCGCGCGCCCAAGCGUAGGCUACGCACACCACACUGCCGGCUGCCGCACCCGAGGGCAGCAAGCGCGUGUUGAUCACGUCGAUUCAAGUGUGCCACCUAGUAUGUGCGCACAGCAUACAUUGCGGGUCAAAUGAUAUUGAUUCUUUGAAGUCGACAUGGUCCAUGCAUCCUCGUUGAUAGUCAGUGGACCACCGGGUCAGGCGCAAGUUGAUACUAUUUGACCUGAAUUCGAUCUCGACUCCGUCGUUGAGCACUUUCGUUUGUAGACUUGUACAGUAAGCAGAACAACCUCACAAAGUAGCUUUGCUAGCUUGUUCUGAGAGACAACGGAUGAGGUCCAGGGAGUCCGCAAAUCUGUAUGCCUUGAUGUACCCAAUCUUCUGCAUGCAAUUGUUGUUGAUAUACGAUCCUCUGUAUGCAGUUGUCGCAUUCAGGCGGCACUAGCGUUGAAGCAUAAUAUCCGAACUACUCGUUUUUCUCCUCACUGGAAGAUGCUUUACACGACAGUCUGUCAUGAGCGAUAAUUUUAAUACCCCCGUGAAG